AUGACGGAAGCAACAUCACCAUCUGAGGAAAACAUAAUUUCCAGUAUUGCCAAUGCGACGAUUACUUUCACAGCGAAAGAACAGAUAACAGCUUAUGGUUCCAUAUAUGGUAUGGCACUGUUCUGUAUUGUUAUCGGUAGCAUUCGUUCCCUGUAUUUCGUGCAAAAACACAUACGUAAAAAGCGGCUCAUAGAAACCUCGAUAACAGAGAAUGAAGCUAAAAAAUUUCCAUUAACGGCAUCCUGUGUUCUGUUCGGACUCUAUAUCUUUUUCGGAUGCAAUACUGAAUGCGGGCGGAGAAUCUAUUCAGUAGUAAGCAGUUAUUUGCCGCAAAGAUUGUCGUCGCAUCUUGAAGUAUUUUCAUCACGUUUUGAAGUAUCUGUGCUGACCAAUGCUAUGGAUGUCUCGAUAGCUGUGGAAGAAGAUUCUUCAAAGACGUUGUUGCAGAAGACGUUAAAUUUCUUGCCUCUCAUGAACCAAGUCAAUAUAAUGUAUUUAUUACUGAUAUUGCUGUGUUGGGAAGGAUGUGUUGCUCUCGCUGCGAUUUUAAAACCAGUCUUCUCGUAUGUUCUUCGUAAGCUUCCCAUUGGAAAUCAUCAGCCAAAGAUGAAUUAUCCAUAUUUUUGGUCAUUGAAAAAGGGCAAAUUAGAGAUGGGAGAAGGUGACAUCGAAGGAGCAGCUAAUGACGAUUUUGAAUAUAUACUCAAAGUUGAAUGGGAUACUCAUGACAUUAUUGCCAUAAUGUGCUGCUUGUGUGUGGGUGUAUCACAUCUUUACAAAAGACACUGGAUAACAAAUAACAUACUUGGUGUUGCUUUCUCGAUUUACGGUAUUGAAAGCAUACAUUUAUGUAGUUUUAAGGCAGGAACGAUGUUAUUGGCUGGACUUUUUAUUUAUGACAUUUUCUGGGUGUUCGCCACCGACGUAAUGACUACAGUUGCUAAGAGUAUCGAUGCUCCAUUACUGCUUCAAUUUCCACAAGAUAUCUAUCGUCAUGGAUUGAAUAAUGCUAGCAAACAUGCAAUGCUUGGUGAGCAUUUAGCAAAAUUAAGUUUGGGCGAUAUCGUAAUACCAGGAAUAUUUAUUGCUUUACUUCGGCGAUUUGAUCACUACAUUGGUUCAGGAGGUAAUUACGAGAAGCCACGUCACUAUUUCCUCAUAACUACAGUGGCAUACUGCUUUGGUUUGAUGAUUACAAUGGGUGUGAUGCAUUUUUACAAGGCAGCACAGCCAGCACUGCUCUAUUUAGUUCCAGCAUGUGUAUUAGUUCCUCUCUCGGUAGCUGGCAUUCGUGGUGAAGCAUAUGAUAUGCUUAAUUACUGUGAGGAGCAUUUAAUCGAGAAGAAAAAUCGGCCGAAAAAAUCGAAAGAUGAGAAGAAAAGUAAUUGA